CCCAACUCUUGUGCCUAAUUUUAACCACCGCCUUUUCAACUUACCCCAUUAUUUCGUUGCCCCAUAAUCAAUUCACCCCUUAAAAAUAAUGGCGAUCUCUUUCUACCCCCUUACCCUCGUCAUGUUGACGAUAAUGGUGGCAUCGCCAAUGGCUGCUGGCUUAACGGCACAUGACUUCUAUACCCGCUAUUCCAAGGAAAUUAUCGAAGGGCCGAAAUGCAACGAAGGGUUCGUAGCUUUGUCAAAGCGGGUCCAAGAUGCGGCGGCGCGGUGUUCAAAAAAGGACAAGAUUGCCAGCUAUAUGUGUUUCCUGACCUGCGUGUCCCGCGAGUACGAGUACAUUACGCCAGGAUCUGAAUCUGACCUGGAUAUGGGAAUGGCUGACCUCGUGGCGCAAGAAUCCUUCAACAUGACUUAUCGAAAAGGUCGCGAUUCGUAUUUCAAAGUCGCGCUGAAACGGUACAGCUGCGCGGAAGAGUUUGUCGUCGGAGAGGGAAAGAAAGUAAAAUUGGCGAUGAAGUAUGAUGUCGCGGGGGAUUGUGAGACAGCCAGAGCAUUCUUUGCGUGCACUUGGCCAGUUCUGACUUGUGACAAAUUUAAUGUCAAUGAAGCAGCGUAACUGGGCACAACAUAAUAUCGACGACAUAUGAUAUGUGUAACAUGUAAAGGAACACCGGAAAAAUGAAUGAAACAUGUUGAUGGUUACUUUUGAAUAAAAAAAUACUUUCACAAUAAA